AAGUAGAAACGAAUAAAACGAGUAGACGAAGGAAAACUGCCAAAAGUGAAAAAAUUGUGUGAAAAUCGACUUUUCUUUGUGAUUUGCAAACAUUUUUAUGGAAAAUCUCACAAAAUUUUUAAGUUAAAUAAACAUUACAAUCAGAACUAGUGCAACAUAUAAUAUUCGAAAAUAAAACGCGCAAUUGUGAAGAAUAAUUAUAGUGACGUGAGGCCGAGCAAUUGAAAUUUCAAUACGCAUACGAAAAGCAAGCACAAGAGAAAAAAAUUGCUAUUUAGAAACUGCGGAAGGAGGCAACAGUGUAAGAUGAGAGUCGCUUAUAAACAUCAGUAACCGAAGAUUAUUCAACUGAAACAGUUGUUAAAUAUUUGCCAAAAGCGUUGUGUAGAAAGAAAACUGAAUAUCUGCGAAAGUUAAUUAAUAUUGGGUCGGAAACAAAACAAAACAAUCAAACAAUUGAAAACAGCUCACAGAUUCCAUUUAAUUUCUGUUUUUGUAUUUUACGCGAUCUCAAAUUAUAUUAAAGUAAAAUCGAUUGUGGUUGCAAAUUUGAAAAAUGAACGAAACAACUGCAGCGACAACUUCGUCCACAACGUCUUCAGCCGCCGCGGUUGCUGAUAGUGCCAGUGCUGUGGCGACUACAAAAACUGCAUCAACAGUGAACUCAGCUGGAAGUGUUGCGUCAGCGUCUAUUCCAACAACAACAACAACUGCAAAAGCAACAAGUGUUAAACUAUUAAUAAAAGCCUCAAACCAACAGUAUGAAGAUCAAAUCCUCGAUAUUGACUUGCUAUGGACGGUAAAGCGAUUAAAAACACAUUUGGAAAUGGUAUAUCCAAAUAAACCGCCCGUUGACGAGCAGAAGCUAAUAUAUUCCGGUCAGCUUUUGAAUGAUAACUUGCUGUUGAAGGAUGUUAUACGGAGCUACAAAGACGUCUAUACACAUAAUCACAUAAUACAUUUAGUGUAUACACCGAAAAACUCUCUAAAUAGCAAUUUCAAACAGAAGCCGAAAGUUAGCGUUUCCUCGUCCUCCGCUAACAUGAGUCACAGUGGUAAUACCAGCGACGGGCUGCGGCAGCGUCAUGUUGCAGGAUCGAAUUCUGCAAACGCUACACCUCAAUAUAAUGCACAACAACAGUACUAUCAACAAUACCAGCAACAGCAGCAGAACUUUUUGUUGCCACAAUUCAAUCAACAAUUACAAAAUCUGCCGUGUCCCACAUAUGAUCCUAACAACUCUCAAAAUGUGUUGCCUUUUCCGAUGCCUGGACAAUUCAAUAUUCAAGCUAUGGCCACACAACAAGCUGCUAUGUACCAAUGGAUGCAGCAGGUCUAUUCGCAAUAUAUGGAACAGUAUACACGAAUGGCUACUAGCACGUCAACGCCAACUGGAAUCGCCAAUUUUUCUAUGCCAAAUGUAGCAACAGCCACAGCAGCCAAUUUGCCGGCAGUCGGUGUUAGUCCAUUGGGUUUCAAUCCUUUUCUACAACAGAUGCCUUUUAUAGCGCCAACCACAACGGCGGGUGUAGCUGCCGGCGGCGCUAACAAUCCUGUGAUAUCGGCAGCGUCUUUGGCGCAAGCUGUGCCCGCUGCGGAGAGCAACACAGCUGCGGAGGCGGCUGUUGGCGAGCAACCCCAACAGGCGCAGGCACAGCCAGAACGGCAACAAGCAGUUGCGCCACGUUUUCCCAAUAUUGUGCAGGAGGAACAAGAGAAUCGUGAUUGGUUGGACAGUUUCUUUGCGAUUACACGUCUCGCUAUCUUUUUGACAAUUCUGUACUUUAACUCAUCUCCAUUGCGCUGUCUUGCGGUUGUCAUAAUUGCUGGUGGUAUUUAUCUCUACCACAUCGGUGUGCUGCGUCUGCGUAAUGAGCGCAACAACAAUAAUAUCAAUCGCAAUAACAAUGCAGCGGAUGCUGACCAAAUUCGACGAGGUGUGCGACAAGUACAACAAGCUGCACAGGCCGACGAACGGCGUAAUCCGGAGAACGACGGUGCUGCCGCCGAUCCUGCUGCCGACAGUCAACAAGCUGCCACCGUUGCGGCCGGCGCGGAAAGUACUGCGCCAGCGGCAGCUGAAGCCAUUGAAAAUAUCAAUAAUACCGCAUCUGUGAUCUCCGUUUUGCGCACUUUUGUGGUGACAUUUUUCACUUCUUUGCUACCCGAAACGCCGACACUUUGAAGGGAGACAGAAAUUGAAUUGCUUUCGAUUGAAAAUUUAUGCGCAGUUUCCUAUAUGUAUUUUUAAAAUAUUUGUAUUAAUCUAACCAAUGUUUGUUUAUCUUCCGAUAACGUUAACACCACCGUCGUUUAUAUGCGCCAAUACAAAUGUAUGGGAACUUUAGCCGUUAUAUUAAAUUCGAAACAUUUUGGACGCGGCAUGUUAAUACAAAUAUGCUUACAUGCAAGUGUAAUGUAAUUAUUCACAGAUUCUAAAGAAAGCAAACUGUUUUUUCUCUAUUUAUUAUUAUUUUUUUUUAAGAAUUUGAAUGUUAGAAUAGUAUUGAAAAUACCUGUUACAUGCCGCUAAUCACUGAUUUAAGCAAUGGUUGUUUAGUGCGUUUAAUGGAUAAUCCAUUGUGAAAGAAUUCUGCUAAAAUAUAUUGAAACUAUUGAAAUCUGUAGCUUACGACGUUGGAUCCUUAUUUAGCUGCACUCACGACAUCAACUAUCAAUAUACCGUUUUAGUACACAUUAACUGAUUUUUGCUAUUGUUGCGUCUGUUGGCGUUU